AUGUUCGGUUCUUUGAGGUUUGCUUGACUAUUUUGAAUGGUUUACCACUUGUUUGAUUUGAAAAUAGAUGCAGUUUGACGAAAAAUUUACCAAUUUCUGUGAAAACUUUCGAUUCACUGAGAAAAUGACCAAAAAUCGAAAUUUUUUGCGAAGCUUUUUAUUUCACGCGCAAGGUGUGCAAACACCGUGACGUCAAAAAUGCGGCCAAAAAAAGUUUUGCGCCUGAUGAGUAUCAUUAAUUUGUGCUUUUAAUCAAACUUUUUCGAAUAACAAGCAUGGUAAAUUGCUAACAGCACCCGAAAAUAGCAGAAAUGAUUCGAAUUUUAUCCCAAACUAACAGGAUUCUGGCAACAACCUCCUCAGUGGCUUGCGGUGUUAACCCAAUCAGAAUGGCGUCUGGAAGAUACGAAGAAGCCGUUCGACUUCUCAACAGUCUGCAGUCGAAUGCGGCGACGAUCAAAAAGCUGCGGACACAGAGGGAUCAUCUGCAGACUAUGAACCUGCCUCAGUGCCGCAAAUAUCUUGAAUCGAUGCGAAUUUCGAUGAAAGAUGUGGACAACUUGAACAUAAUCCAUGUGAGUGGCACAAAGGGAAAAGGAAGUACGUGUGCGUACGCGGAAGCGAUCCUCAGACAGCAGGGACUCAAGACAGGGCUGUACACGUCUCCGCAUCUCGUUCAUGUCAGAGAACGCAUCCGAAUAAACGGAGAGCCUGUUGACGAGAAGACUUUCGCUGAGGAGUUUUUCCAUGGUAAUUCGUAGACUAAGUACCCCGUUAUAUCUGAUUUUCAGUGUAUGAUAUCAUGAAGAAGGAACACAUUGAGAACAUGCCAGCGUACUUCAAGUUCCUGACGCUUCUCGCAUUCCGAAUAUUUGUAAAGUCCAAGAUUGAAGUCGUGAUUCUCGAAGUGGGAAUCGGCGGCGAGUAUGACUGCACGAACGUAAUCGAACAUCCGAUUGUAUGCGGAGUGACCACUCUCGACUACGACCACAUCUCGAUUCUCGGGUCGAAACUGUCCGAAAUCGCGUGGCACAAGUCUGGAAUCUUCAAGAAAGACGUUCCCGCUGUCUAUUCGCCCACGAGUUCUGAAGCAGAAGAGGUUCGUUUGGAAUAGUUACUGAUAAUUCGUAAAACAAUUGUCUCAGGUUCUAAUUUCCCGAGCAGCUUCAAAAGGCGCCCCACUCACAGAAGCGCCGCCAAUUCACGUCUACUCUUUAGCCCGUUCUAUCAUUCUCGGAAUCAGUGGUCAACAUCAGUACGCCAACGUAUCUCUCGCACUUCAACUCGUUCACAUUUGGGCGGACAAAUGCCAUUUUUCACUUCCCGGUGUCUCUGUCCGUGAUCCUUCCACUGGCGGAUUCACCGUUCCUUCCUGGAUGUGCGAUGCCAUCGAAUCGUGUCGUUGGCCCGGAAGAAGUCAGGUCGUGCGGACUGACCGGAACAUAACCUAUCUUCUCGACGGAGCACAUACUCCGAAAAGUAUGGAAGCCUGUGUGCGCUGGGCGGGAAAAGAGCUCGAAACACUCGGAAAGAAGGAUGUCAAGAAGAUCGUGUUGUUCCAGUGCACGGCGGAUAGAUGCCCAUCAACACUGAUACAGUACUUGAAGGUACGGAAACUGUGAAUGUUUGUUAUAAUUUUCUUGCUUUCCAGCCCCUCGACAUCUCUCAAAUCGUCUCGUGCCCCACACAACUCUUCGCCAGCGUCGAUCGAUCAGCGGAUUCCACGAAUCUGAACGCCUCCCGGGACGAGCAAAUGGAGAAGGCGAAACAGUGCGUGGCAUCGUGGAAAGAGUCCAUCGAUCACGCAGUCGACGAAGAUCAGAUGCAAGUGUUCGACUGCAUCUCAUCCGCCUACGAGUUCAUCGAAGCGCAAGCAGCUUCGCAGGAAAUCUGCGUCGUUGUCACCGGAAGUCUCCAUCUCGUUGGAGGCGUUCUCAACCUGAUUCAGAGCCAACACAAUCCGAAAGUCGUUUGA